CGCCUGCGCCGGGGCCACGAGCUGCGGCGGUCGGAGUCUGGGGGGCUCCUGCGCCCCACGCGCCUCCGCACCAAGAGCGAGGGCGAUGCCAGCUCCCUGCACACCUGCCCCAGCAAGCGGGACUUGCUGUACCCGGAGCUGACCAGGGUCGGGGGCCGGCUGCACACCGACCCCGUGCAGACGGGGGGACUCUGGAAACUCCUCACGAGUCGCUUCCGAAGGCGAGAGCGUGGCAGCACGGGCAGCGUGUGCCCCAAAGACCCCCAGGGCAGUGUUGAGCCUGUCCUCCUGGCUGGGGGUCCUCUGCGGGCUCUGGAUUCAUUUGUGAACAGCCAGGAAUGGACCCUGAGUCGCUCGGUACCUGAGCUGAAGGUGGGCAUCGUGGGGAACCUGUCCAGUGGCAAGUCUGCCCUGGUGCACCGCUACCUGACCGGCACCUACGUGCAGGAGGAGUCUCCAGAGGGUGGCCGCUUUAAGAAGGAGAUCGUGGUGGAUGGUCAGAGCUACUUGCUGCUGAUUCGAGAUGAAGGGGGCCCCCCUGAGCUCCAGUUUGCUGCCUGGGUGGAUGCAGUGGUGUUUGUCUUCAGCCUGGAGGAUGAGAUCAGCUUCCAGACCGUCUACAACUACUACCUGCGGCUCUGCAGCUACCGGAACACAGCGGAGGUGCCGAUGGUGCUGGUGGGCACACAGGAUGCCAUCAGUGCCACCAACCCCCGCGUCAUCGAUGACUCCCGGGCACGGAAGCUCUCCAAUGAUUUGAAGCGCUGCACUUACUACGAGACCUGUGCUACCUAUGGCCUGAAUGUGGAGAGGGUCUUCCAGGACGUGGCUCAGAAGGUGGUGGCUCUCCGGAAGAAGCACCAGCUGUCCAUCGGCCCCUGCAAGUCCCUGCCCAACUCACCCAGCCACUCAUCUGUUUCCGCAGCCUCCAUUCCUUCUGUCCACAUCAACCAGGCCACCAACGGUGGAGGAGCCUUCAGUGACUACUCCUCCUCUGUGCCCUCCACCCCAAGCAUCAGCCAGCGGGAGCUGCGGAUUGAGACCAUCGCUGCCUCCAACACCCCCACCCCCAUCCGCAAGCAGUCCAAGCGGCGCUCCAACAUCUUCACGGUAAGCAGCACAGGGAGCCCAGGGGCUCUGGGGAGGGUUUUGAGCACAGGAGAGGGCAGGGGAGCGGGUCACAGCAGCCUGAGCCCACAGGGCAUUCUCCUCAAACGCAGUGGCAAGUCCCUCAACAAGGAGUGGAAGAAGAAGUAUGUGACACUGUGUGACAAUGGGGUCCUCACCUACCACCCCAGCCUGCACGAUUACAUGCAGAACGUGCACGGGAAGGAGAUUGAUCUGCUGAGAACUACGGUGAAGGUGCCGGGCAAGCGGCUCCCCAGGGCCACGGCAGCAGCAGCAGCAGCAGCGGCAGCGCCCAGCGCCAGCCCCAAAGCCAACGGGCUGGCCAAGGAGCGGAGCAGCUCGCAGCUGGCAGGAGGAACAGGUGCUCCCCACUCGACCAGCAGCACCUCCCUGCACUCUGAGCGCUCCAUCAGUGGCAUCAACCUUGUGGGCUUCAGCUCCAAGCCAGACGGGAUGCACCAGCGCUCCUACUCUGUCUCCAGUGCAGACCAGUGGAACGAGGCUGUGGCCAUCCCUGGCAGCUGCCCCAACCCCGCUAACGGUACUGCCGACUCACUCAGCUCCAGCCCAAACAUUUCCAGUGCCGCCAGCCCAAAGCUGGAACCGCCUCCGUCACCACAUGCCAACAGGAAAAAGCAUCGCAGGAAAAAGAGCACGGGGACAACUCGGCUUGAUGGCCCCAGCACGGCAGCAGAAGAACCAGAUGAGCCAUUUGAGUUCAUUAUCGUGUCACUGACGGGCCAGACAUGGCUCUUUGAAGCCUCAACAUCAGAGGAGCGGGAGCUCUGGGUGCAGGCCAUUGAGAGCCAGAUCCUGGCCAGCCUGCAGGGAUGUGAGAGCAGCAAAAACAAGGCUCGGCUGGGCAGCCAGGGCGAUGCACAGGCCAUGCAGGCCGUCCGUACCGCACGUGGGAACAGCUUCUGCGUGGACUGCGAUGCACCGAAUCCGGACUGGGCCAGUCUGAACCUGGGUGCUCUCAUGUGCAUCGAGUGCUCUGGGAUCCAUCGCAACCUGGGCACCCACCUGUCCCGCGUGCGCUCCCUGGACCUGGAUGACUGGCCUAGCGAGCUUCUUAUGGUCAUGACUGCCAUCGGCAACGCACUUGCAAACGCUGUCUGGGAGGGAAUGGUGGAGGGGUACCCCAAGCCCACGCCUGAGAGCAGUCGGGAGGAGAAGGAGCACUGGAUCCGGGCUAAGUAUGAGCAGAAGCUCUUUCUGGCCCCACUGCCCCAGUCUGACAUCCCCCUGGGGCAGCAGCUGCUGCGGGCCGUGGUGGAGGAUGACCUGCGCCUUGUGGUGACGCUUCUGGCCCAUGGCACCAAGGAGGAAGUCAACGAGACCUACGGAGAUGGAGACGGGCGCACAGCGCUGCAUCUGUCUUGCGCAAUGGCCAACGUGGUCUUCACACUGCUGCUCAUCUGGUACGGAGUGGAUGUGAAGAGCCGGGAUGCUCGGGGCCUGACCCCACUGGCCUAUGCCCGGCGAGCCGGCAGCCAGGAGUGCAUCGACAUCUUGCUGCAGCACGGCUGCCCCAGCGACAGCAGCGCCACGCUGACCCCCAGCCUGCCCCGCCGCAACGCCAAUGCCAACAACAACGCCUGCGCCGCGGCGCCUCUUGAGUUCAGCACCAGCCCCAGCACAGUCUAGCCCUGCACGGACCCUCUGGUCGCCACAGCUGCCCUCUAGCCCUGCCGGGGACCAGGGCCACAGGAGUGGCUCUGAGAGCAGCACAGAUGGGCCCCCAUGGUGUUUGCCUGCACCAGAACCCCCGUUCCAGCCAGGAGGAGGCUGGGAGCCAGCAUCCUGCUCCUCUGCGCUGGUUCCAGCCACCUCUCACAGACCCAAUGCUGGCAGCUUGUGGAGGAGCUCCUGCAGAAUCACUGGGGUGGCUCCAGUGCACCCCAUUUACAUGACCGGUACAUGGAUGGGGAGGCAGUUUCUCCUGCCACCCCCAUUUGCAGAUAAAGCAGGGGCUGGGGGCAGUUCAGGUGUGUAGCCCUCCCCUGCACAGCAGUACCAAGGAGGCUGACGGCUGCACUUGUGCCCUCAGACAGGUCUGUUUGGGCACUUUCCUCCUGCUCUCCCUCCAUGCUGGCCUCUCCACACUCCCCAUUGCAGUGAUGAGGUGGGGGGCAGCAGGAGGUGUGUGUUUCUCCAUUGCACCCCCAUGCUCCUCUGCUUGAGGCCGGUGCAGGAGGAAUGCACAUGCCAAUAUUGCUCCCCGUGUGCUGAUGCAAGGAUGGCAUCUCCCCAGCGCAGCCCCUGGACAAAGGCCUCCCCAGCCUCCCUGGUGACCCGGAGGGGGGAGGAGGAUGGUCACCCUGGGAUCCCCAGCUCUGUCUGUCUGUCUGUCUGUAGAGUCACUGUCCUUCCAGGUUAAAGCUCCAAGCCAUACACAGUGUCUCCAUCAGAGCCUCCCGCUGGCUCCCGCUGCUGCCCAGGUGGGGCUGGUCUCCAGCUGAGCAAGAGGAGGAGAGGAGCAUCUCCCUUUGCAUUAGGGUCAAGCCUCUAGCUGAAUGCUGGAACCUCAAGGCUUUGGACACUGCUAUGGAAUGUCUCUGUCACUUGUGUAUAAAAUGUACAUUGGAAAUAUUUAUAUGGACACUCUGUAUAUAUGGUUUCUUUUCCAUGAGUUGCCCUGUGUGUGUUAUCUGCAGCCAAGGAGAUAAAGGCCAAUAAAGCAACCCACCUCCUGCCAGG